GCAAUAACCGAGCUUCAGAGGUUAGACACGACGCAGAGAGAGAGAGAGAGAGAGAACCAUGGCGAAACCUUGCGAGGUGAGGAGGAUGAAGCUGGGAAGCCAAGGCCUUGAGGUCUCGGCGCAGGGCCUCGGUUGCAUGGGCAUUUCCUCUUUCUACGGCCCUUCUAAGCCGGAAGCUGACGCCAUCGCUCUUCUCCACCACGCCAUUGAUUCCGGUGUUACGUUCUUCGAUACCUCCGACGUCUACGGUCCUGAGACCAACGAGUUGCUCCUCGGGAAGGCUCUGAAGUAUGAUGGGGUGAGAGGGAGAGUGGAGCUUGCGACCAAGUUUGGCGCCACUUAUGCAGAGGGGAAGAGAGAGGUGAGAGGAGAUCCUGCCUACGUGAGGGUUGCUUGUGAAGCAAGUUUAAAACGGCUUGAUGUUGCCUGCAUUGAUCUCUAUUAUCAGCAUCGGGUUGAUACUCGUCUCCCUAUCGAAAUCACUAUGGGAGAACUGAAGAAGCUAGUUGAAGAAGGUAAGAUAAAGUACAUUGGUUUGUCUGAAGCCUCUGCCUCAACUAUCAGAAGGGCACAUGCUGUUCACCCAGUUACUGCAGUGCAGCUAGAGUGGUCUUUGUGGACGAGGGACGUGGAAGAAGAUAUUGUCCCGACAUGCAGGGAACUUGGGAUAGGGAUUGUUUCCUACAGUCCUCUGGGAAGAGGCUUCUUCGCAUCAGGACCAAAGCUUGUUGAGAAGCUGGAUAAUGAUGACUUCAGAAAGACUCUACCAAGAUUCCAACAGGAAAACUUAGACCACAACAAGAUUCUAUACGACAAGGUUUGUGCAAUGUCGGAGAAGAAAGGAUGCACUCCUGCACAACUAGCCCUCGCAUGGGUUCACCACCAGGGAGAUGAUGUUUGCCCCAUUCCAGGAACCACUAAGAUCAAGAACCUCAAUCAGAACAUUGGAGCUUUAUCAGUGGAAAUCACUCCAGAAGAGAUGUCUGAGCUCAAGACCAUCGGACAGCCAGAGUCUGUGAAAGGAGAAAGAUACACUGCCAUGGUACCCACCUUUAAGAACUCAGACACUCCACCGUUGUCUUCUUGGAAAGCCACCGUUUGAGAGCUCCUCGGGCUCUGGCAAUAAUAUUAGGGGUGGGCGUUCCGUUCGGUUCUCGGUUCUUUUGGUUCUUGUAGUUUGGUAACUAUUAGAGAACCGUUAAAAUUUUGGGUCAGAUCGGGUCGGUUCCUUCGGUUCUUGAAGUUUGAUAACCAUAUUAAAACCAGAAUAAAACAGUUCCAAUUGGGUUCGGUU